GUCUCACUGACGGUGGCCCCCACCGCCCGGCUCCGCUCGUCGGCGAGCACUCUUCCCCUCCUCCCCCGCCCCACCGCAGUCCCGGCCAAGAGAUCCGGCCGACUCCGGUCGCUCGGACUCGGAGGCCGGCGAGCCGCUCGUGCUGGGCGCCGGGAUGCAGGCGGCCGGCACCAGACGGUUUCCCGGAUCUCGCCGGCGCCGCGUCUCGGCGAGAGGGGGCCUCUGGCCUUUCUGACCUCAGGCCCUCGAUUUUGUCAUAGAUCAGACAAAUAAUGGAAAAGAUACAAGAUUGCAACUCGAAAAGCCUGGUUGCCCUUCCAGGCUCUUUGGUUCUGCACCUCUUUAGGCUGCUUGGCCAUCAGGAUCAGAGUUCAUGGCAGAAGUACAUACUAGCUUACUUUCUGUUGGUCAGAAAGGGCUGCUACUUCUCAGGGGAGUCGAAGAAACACUCAGAUGUGUUCUGUGAUAUCUCAGAAUUAGAUUUCUUUCCAUAUGCUACAGAUUCGGAUAGCGAAGAACUUGAACUGAAGGAGCAGAAACCUGUUCCGAAGGCUCUGUCGGGAGGCGAUUCAAGUGGCAACAGAUCAAACGAUUGCUACUUCCCAGGCCUUCAUGAUGACCUGUCACAAGACUGCCUUGCCUGGGCAAGCAGAUCGGACCACCCUUCCAUUUCUUGUCUGAACAAGAGAUUCAAUCUGCUAAUGAACAGCGGGUAUCUGUACAAGCUGCGAAGGAAAUACGGCAUCGUUGAGCACUGGGUGUACCUCGCUUGUAGCCUGAUGCCCUGGGAAGCAUUUGAUCCAUCGCAGAGACGGUGGAUGAGGCUCCCGAGGAUGCCAUGCGACGAGUGCUUCUCCUGUGCAGACAAGGAGUCACUCGCCGUCGGAACACAGCUUCUUGUCUUCGGCCGUGAAUACACCGGCCUCGCUAUUUGGGUGUACAACUUACUGACUCGCAGUUGGUCCCCGUGCGCUCCGAUGAAUCUGCCCCGCUGCCUUCUUGCCUCGGGAAGCUCAGGCGAGAUCGCCAUUGUCGCUGGUGGGUGUGAUAAGAACGGACAAGUGCUGAGAUCUGUUGAGCUGUACAACUCAGAGACUGGCCACUGGGAGACUGUCCCAGGCAUGAACCUGCCCAGGCGGCUCGCUUCAGGUUUCUUCAUGGACGGCAAGUUUUACGUCAUUGGGGGCGUAUCGAGCCAGAGGGACUCGUUGACCUGUGGAGAGGAAUACAGCCUUGAGACAAGAACCUGGAGAAGAAUACUUGACAUGUACCCUGGUGGAACCAGCGCAUCCCAAUCGCCUCCCCUUGUUGCCGUUGUGAAUAGCCAGCUCUACGCCGCCGACCAGUCGACGAACGUGGUCAAGAAGUAUGACAAGGCAAAUAACGCCUGGGACGUAGUGAAGCCACUGCCCGUCAGAGCUGACUCGUCCAAUGGCUGGGGCCUAGCUUUCAAGGCCUGUGGCGAUAGGUUGCUGGUGAUCGGAGGCCAUAGAGGACCUCGUGGCGAGGUAAUACUGUUGCAUUCCUGGUGCCCCGAAGGCGGGGAAGACUGGGAGGUUCUGUCGGUGAAGGAACGCGCAGGCGUCUUCGUUUACAACUGUGCAAUAAUGGGGUGCUGAGUUACCUUUUGCUCUUCGGUACAUGCCGCCGCUGGUUUAGCAAGGCAACGACCAUUUCUUGCUGCCAUUUAGCUGCCCUUUUAUAGUGACUUGUAAUUCAGAAAUGACCUCCCCUCCCCGAAAUUUUGCGGCGCUCUCAAAUGUUGAAUGUUUUGUAGAGAGCAUAUAUAGAGCAUUCAGUUCAGUUUACCUGGAACUACUCUCUUUUUUUUUUCUGUUAAACUCGUUCACAUUUUUCCUUGUUCUUGUCCAGUACGAAUUUUACGCGGUAGGAGUAUUCUUUAUUCAUCAUUGUUGCGAACUUAAAUGUCUGCGCCAUUGUCCGGAGACAUAUCUUAGGCCUCGAUUUUCAGUGCA